CGGGGAUUGGCUGGCAGGAAGCCAAAGGCAGGACCAGGAGAGGAAGCUUUUGUGAUCGGCACUUGGGAACUAGCAGGCCCUACUUGCGGGAGCUUCGGCUCUGUUGACUUACUCUUGGAAGGAAUAGCCCUAAGCGGCCCGAUAAGCCUGCGUCGGGACAACGGAUUUGGAGAAACCGAGGGCUGAAGUUACCAUUUUCUUUAUUUCAACCCUACCUCGGCACCUCACUCCAUGGCAGUUCCCGAGACCCGUCCCAAUCACACUAUUUAUAUCAACAACCUCAACGAGAAGAUCAAGAAGGAUGAGCUGAAGAAGUCUCUGUACGCCAUCUUUUCUCAGUUUGGCCAGAUCCUGGAUAUCUUGGUAUCACGGAGCCUGAAAAUGAGGGGCCAGGCCUUUGUCAUCUUCAAGGAGGUUAGCAGUGCCACCAACGCCCUGCGCUCCAUGCAAGGUUUUCCCUUCUACGACAAGCCCAUGCGCAUCCAGUACGCCAAGACUGACUCAGAUAUCAUCGCCAAAAUGAAGGGCACUUUCGUGGAGCGGGACCGUAAGCGGGAGAAGAGGAAGCCCAAGAGCCAGGAGACCCCAGCCUCCAAGAAGGCCGUGCAGGGUGGGGCCGCUGCCCCUGUAGUGGGAGCUGUCCAGGGGCCUGUCCCGGGCAUGCCACCGAUGACUCAGGCGCCCCGCAUCAUGCACCACAUACCGGGCCAGCCUCCCUAUAUGCCACCCCCUGGCAUGAUCCCACCUCCAGGCCUUGCACCUGGCCAGAUCCCACCAGGGGCCAUGCCCCCACAGCAGCUUAUGCCGGGGCAGAUGCCACCUGCCCAGCCUCUUUCAGAAAAUCCACCAAAUCACAUCUUGUUCCUCACCAACCUGCCAGAGGAGACCAACGAACUCAUGCUGUCCAUGCUUUUCAACCAGUUCCCUGGCUUCAAAGAGGUCCGGCUGGUCCCUGGGCGGCAUGACAUUGCCUUUGUGGAGUUUGACAAUGAGGUGCAGGCAGGGGCUGCUCGCGAUGCCCUACAGGGCUUCAAGAUCACUCAGAACAAUGCCAUGAAGAUCUCCUUUGCCAAGAAGUAGCACCUUUUUCCCAUGCCUGCCCCUGCCCCCUGUUCUGGGGCCAUCCCCUCCCCCUUCUUGGCUCAGCCCCCCGAAGGUAAGUCCCCUGUGGGGGCCUUCUCAGAGCUGUGUGUGAGUGAGUGGUCGCCACACAGCAUUGUACCCAGAGUCUGUCCCCAGACAUUGCACCUGGUGCUGUUAGGCUGGAAUAAAAGUGUUUUUUUGACAUUUGGUUUUUCACAA